AUGAAGCGGCCGAGAUCGUAUGGGGAUGGGAUGGACGAGGACGGCGGGGGGGAGAAGGGGGUGUCGAGGGAUUGGGGGAGGCGGGAUCAGGACGGAGACCGCCCGUCCCCCCGCCGCCGUUUCUACCCGAAGAUUGAGUUCGGUGGUGUCGGCCGCAAGGGUUCCUCUUCCUCGUCCUGCGACCGGACGCCAGAGAUCGACAGGGAGCCACCGCUGAGGUCGUCGUCGUCGUCGAGGAAGCGUUUCGACUACGAGCCGGAGGCGUUCGAUCGGCGCAAAGCGGGCGGCGAUGGCGAUCGGUACAGAGAUGGCGGGGAUCGAUCGGUGCAGUCCUCCUCGCCCCGCGUCUCGUAUUUCGGCGAUCGUAUCCACCGGGCUGAUAGCUUCUCCAACUCGUCGAGGAGGGACUACCCCAAGGGUUUCCGAUCGGAGAGGGAUAAACCUAGGAGGGAGGAGAGCACCAACUCCCCCUGGCGGAGAUCAAGCUGCGGGAAGGAUGCUUCCAGUGAUGAUGGCAAAUCUGUGGCUACGUCUGCUGGUACGGCGUCGGGCAGGGGACAUCGCAUGGCGUCAGAGGACACAGGGAAGACGAAUUCGAAGAGUUCCUCUAGUGGAGAGCAGCUGAAGAGUGUACAAGGUAGCAGGAAGCCUCGGGAGGCCAGGAAGGAAGCCAGCAACAGCAGCGAAAGGGAAGAGGGAGAACUGGAACCCGAUGUAGAGCCCCCACUGCCUGAGACCUUACAGGAUGCCGGACAAAUUUCCACCUCGGCGGAUACCAGGAAGACCGAGUCUGGGUCAAAGGUUCGUCGUGAACUUGAAAGAAAAUCCUCAGGUGAUGUGAAUGCAAUGGAUUGCCUAGAAGAGGAUGUUACUCAGAUGAAGGACGACGACCUGGGCGCAGGAUUGGACUCAUUCAAUGGAACUGAUGGAUUGCCUGCUCAUGGGAAUGCUCCAGUAGGUCAACCAGAUGGAAAGAAUGAUGAACCAAAUGAAAAAGAAUUGGGAAAAGGUGGGACAUCUCAAAGCGCACUGGAAAUGGAGAAACUGGUUCCAGCUGAGUCAGAAGACAGGGGUUCAAUUCCACUUGAAGGGGAAGAAGAGGGUUCAAUAGAGGAUCCAUCUUCUGAGGAAAAACAGGGGGGUUUAUCUCUUCCUGAAGAAGAAUUAGAGAAGACAAAACUAGCAGAGAGUUGUGGAGAAGAGAAGGACGUUCCUCCUCCUGAAGAAACAUUAGAGGAAGCAGGAACGACAGAGAUGUGUUGUGAAGAGAAGGGUGUUCCUCCUCCCGAAGAAAAAUUGGAGAAGAAAGACAAACCAGAUAUGUGUACAGAGGAGAAGGAUGUUUCUCCUCCUCAUGGAAAAUCAGAGAAGAAGGAGAAGAUGAGAAAUAAUGCAGAAGAGGAGGAUGCUCCUCCUGAAAAGAAAUUAGACGAGAAAGAGGAGGCAGAAAGGUGUAUAGAUGUCGUCUUAGAGUCAGAGACAGAACAGAAGGAAGACAGAUGGAUAGAUUCAGAGGUCAGACGAGAAGAGGUCAAGGGGGUUUCACCUGAAGUUGCUGCGGAAGCUCCAUUGGGGUUAUUUGAUGCUAUCAGUGUAGCUGUGGAAGGAAACAACAGUGCAGGAAAAACUUUGAAGUUCAUGGUCGAAAAGAGUGAUCUGGACAAAGGUAAAGGGUUGGCCAUUUCAACCUCCAAUGAUGAAAACUAUGUGGAUAAAGAUGAUGCAAUGGAAGGGCCUAGCAGCAGAGGGUUUGACUUGUUUUCCCCUACUAAUACCUCAAGACUGGAGAAGGGAAACAGUGGAGUUGUUAUCGGCAAAAGAAGAGAGUCAGACCCUGAUCUGGAACAGCUGGACCUCUCUCUGGGUCUCCCUGGGGCUUCAUCAGGACAUUCUUUCCGUGAUCCUCAACCAGGACCCCGUUCUCCUCGCAAUUCUCAGGGUCAAAACCCUAGGGGUUCCUCCCCUGUUCAUCCUCCUGCCACCCGGUCUCUACCAUCCUCACUUCCUGCAAACUCAGAUGGAUUUACUGCUUCACAAUCCUCCUUUUCAGGUUCCCAGGGAAUUUUCCACAAUCCUAGCUGCUCUCUCACUCAGAACUCCAAGGAGAACUUUGAGAACUCUGUGGGCAGCCAUCCUUUAUUUAAGCCCGUCGACCAGCUCUCCAAUGGUGGCAUAUGGCAGGGAAACCCUUCAAAUGAAUCCAGGCCCAAGGGGUUUGCCGUUCCAUUGUACCAAAGAUCUGAGGCGAAUGAGAAAUCUGCUCGUCAUCAUACAUCUCUUCUUGCAAAUGGGCGACAGGACAUCAAGCCUGAUGAUUACAAUUCCUGCAGUAUUAAGAAGGAGAUCAAAAGAGAGAGAAGCAGUGGCAACUUGAUUAGGAGCAAGCAGCAGGAGGCAGAACGGAUCAUCCCUAAUGGCUCUGGGGUCAUCGAUAGGGUUCUCUCCAAGAUUGUUUCGGAGCCUGCAGAAGUGGUUGGCCGGAUGCUCCAGGAAAUGACCGAGCAGUCCAUUGCCUACCUGAAGGAGAGCAUCGCUGCGAUGGUCACAAACCAGGAGAAUCACUCCCAUAUAUCUCCCCUGCUGGAGACUCUACGGAAAAGGUCAGACCUCUCGUUGGAAUCCCUGUCCAAGGUCAACCCCACCCUGCUGGAGAUUCUAGUGUCUCUCAAGACCGGGCUUCCUGGCUUUGUCCGAAGAGGAAAGAGCAUCCCUCCCUCUGACCUAGCCGAGAUAUUCCUGAAUAUGAGAUGCAGAAACAUGGCGUGCAGGAGCCUCCUACCGGUGGAUGACUGCGACUGCAAGGUCUGCUCUCAGAGAAAUGGCUUCUGCAGCGCCUGCAUGUGUCUCGUUUGUGGCGAGUUUGACUUGGCUUCCAACACCUGCAGCUGGGUCGGCUGCGACGUCUGCCUCCACUGGUGCCACACUGACUGCGCCCUCCGCCAUUCCUAUAUCAGGAAUGGUCGCAGUGCAGCAGAAGGGGGGCAGGGGGGGAGGGAGAUGCAGUUCCUCUGCGUGGCCUGUGGUCAUCCCUCAGAGAUGUUUGGCUUCGUGAAGGAGGUGUUUAAGAACUUUGCAAAGGCCUGGGAACCGGAGGUCUUAGCCAAGGAGCUCGAGUACAUCCGGAAGAUCUUCUCGUCCAGCGAGGAUCCCAGGGGCGUGAGGUUGCACGCCAUAGCUGACCAGCAGUUGAUCAAACUGGAGAAGAAAGCUGAUUGCGGGGAGGUUGUUCACCACGUUCUGGCCUUUCUGUAUGGUAAGUUUUCUUGCUUCUACUGUGCAGAAUACUGGCGUAGUAGUCACGCUUGUUUUUUAUUUAUUUAUUUAUUUAUUUAUUUUUUUCCUGGAUAGUCCCUUUGACCCCAUCUUGAUUUUGUCUUUUAUUAUUACCCCAUCUUUUUGAAUAUAUGGAAAGAGAUCGGAAGUAGUCUUAGCUAGCGUUGACUUGAUUCUUAACUGGCAUUUAUCUUGAAAGAUCUCGGGUUUUGCCUUUUUUUUGGCCCCCACAUGCUCUUGUUUUUCAUUUUUGAUUCAUCUUGGUCUCUAAAAGUCGAGGAAGCUUUAGCUUCCUCAAGGAUAUCUUCGCUCACAGUGCAUCUCUGCUUUUCCACACCAGAGAAGAAUCUGCUUUUCGGUCUGAUUUGUGGGCAGUAAAGAAAUAGAAAGUAGAGUAGAGAGAGACCGGAAGGGGGGAGGAAGGGCGCAUAUAUAUAUAUGCAGAGUGUUCCAAAAAUAGAAAAAAGAGUAUGAUCUACAGUUUUUUUCGAGAUUUUUAGGCGUUCAUGGUCCAGUUGGGCUACUCGCCAACUUUUUUAUUUCUAGAAGAAAGUUAUGGUAGCGUGUUAGCUUGAUCUUUCCUCUUUUGUCAAUCCAGAGACUGAAUCCACCAGUGGCAUCGGCGGCGGUGGCGGCGGUGGCGGCGGCGGCAGUGUUCCUCUCACAUUUCCUCAACAGGAGUCACUGGGGAGGAAGACCGAGUUGCCUGACGGUUCGGUUGCGUCAAGCAGGGAGGCCCUGCCACUGCCUGCAGUGAGAUCACCGUCCCUGUCGGAAAGAAAUUCCGGCGGUGGUGCUGUCCGGAGCUUGGGCAAUGAUCGGGCCGGCAGCCAGCCCUCGGCGGCCAGCCUUGGGAAGCAUCCCGCCGCAGACGAGCUCGAUGGUGUGGUGAGGUUCAAGCAAGCGGAGGCAGAGAUGUACCAAGCGCGUGCUGACGAUGCACGGAGAGAAGCCGAGGGCUUGAAGCGCAUCGCCGCUGCCAAGAUCGGGAAGAUUGAGGAGGAAUUCUCUGGCCGCCUGGUGAGGCUUCGCCUGGCCGAGGCGGAGGAGAGGCGGAGGCAGAAGCUCCAGGAUCUCCAGUCCCUUGAGCGAGCCCACCAGGACUUCUUGAACAUGAAGACGAGGAUGGAGGCCGAUGUCAGGGAGCUCCUCUGGAAGAUGGAGGCCGCUCAGAGGGACCUUGGCAGAUGA